CGACGCCUGCCAGUGCGUGUGAUAUCCGUGGGCAAGAACCGCUCGCACGGCACACAGCUGCUAGUAAAGGAUUACGCCGAAAAGAUUUCCCGCUACUGCCCGUUUGAGGACCUGCCUGUGCGCUCCAAUCCCAAGGGCACCAGUGACGUGCGAGUGCAGGUGGAAGCAGAGGGUGAGAGGGUGCUCAAGGCACUACAACCCGCAGACUGGGUGGUGCUGCUGGACGAGCGAGGCCGCACAGUGACGUCGGAGCAGCUGGCACAGCUCAUUGCUGACUGCGCUGAUGCGUCGCACCGCUCGCUGACAUUCGUGGUGGGGGGCCCCUACGGCCACGGGUCGCAGGUGACAGCUCGGGCCAACAGCAGCAUGCGACUCUCCUCAUUGGUGCUCAACCACGAGGUGGCGCUCGUGGUGCUGGCAGAGCAGCUGUACCG